AUGGUGUCUUCACCGUCCACCGCUAGCUCCGCUUCCGAUCGUGAAGAUCCGUCGCCGGCGAAACCUUCACCGGUCGUUUCCGAAGAUCUUCACCGCUUCAAUUUCUCGCUCAAGCUUUCGCAGAAGUUAGAUGAGAAAAAUUUCCAUCUCUGGCGGCAACAAGUGGAACCGUUCAUCAAUGCGCACGGACUCACUGAGUUCGUCGUCUGCACUCGUGUUCCACCUCGUUUUCUCACCGAUGAAGCUCGCAACUCUGGAUCUGAGAAUCCUGCGUAUUCCGCGUGGCUUCAGAAGGAUCAAAUGCUCCUUUCGUGGUUGCAAUCCACGUUAUCUGGUGAGAUUCUUUCACGAAUGUUAGGUUGCACUCAUGCGCAUGAACUUUGGGACCGUCUGUUUCAGUAUUUUCAGAAGCAAACACGCGCUCGUGCUCGUCAACUUCGUGUUGAACUUCGCGCUAUGAAGCUUGACUCUCUCUCUGUUUAG